ACUCCUUUGUGCUUAUUGUAAAAGGAUUGUAUCUUAGAUAUUAUGGCUGAAAAAUAUUAGUUCCUUUGAUUCCCUGGAGAAGACUCUUGAAAAACAUUCUUUUAUUUUUUUUUGUCCAAUGUCCACCUGUCAAAUUGAAUAUUCAAAAAAUGUCUUUAUUAAUUCAAACUAUUAGAAAUACUGGAAAAUCGCAUUCAUUUCAAAAACUUAUACAAGCCCCACUAUCUUCAUGUACAUGUUUAUUAAGAAGAAAAUCUUCAGAUGUUUCAAAGAAAUUUUUGUCAUUUGAUGAGGUUGUAUCGCAGAGAAGAGACGAAGCACGACGAAGUCUUGUCGUACAAGUGAAUUCUGAAUCCUCAUUUAAUGAAUUAUAUGGGUAUUGUUCAAAUUAUGCUUCAAUCAAUGGCAUACAUCAUUACAAAAAUGCAGGAGGAGAGCACUUUAUGCUCAUUGAAUUUAGUACAGAAGACAACCUUAAAGAGAUUCUACGCAGCUGUGGUUCCCAUCAGAAAGAUAAUGAUAUUAUGGCGUUACAGUCUCCUUUCCUAUGGUUUAGAGCUUGCUCUGGAAAGAAGGAAAAGAUAGCACCAACUUCAAAUACCCUCAUAACAAAAAAUGGAAAUGCUGCCAUUGAUGAAAACUUACUUUGUGAAGAGCUUGGAAGCUGUUCAACAGUCUCUGAUCAAAUACAGCUGUUGUAUGAUAAAACAAUGUUAAAUGAUUUGGGUAUUAGACUGAGAUACAUGGUGGCUAGACAACUAGAAAUAGUAUUUGAAAGUUUAUAUGCAAACAUAGCUGUGAGACCUUUUGGUUCAUCAGUAAACGGCUUUGGCAAAAUGGGCUGCGAUUUGGAUCUAGUACUAAGUAACAACUUGACAGAUGAAAUGAGUGAUCCCACCAAACGUUUAGUAUACCAAGAAAAAAAGUCUGAAGGUGGUCGAGGGCCAUGGCAGCGACAUAUGGAACUGGUGGGCGAGUUGUUGGAGCUAAGGAUUGUUGGAGCAACAAGAGUACAGCGGAUAUUACAUGCGCGUGUGCCCAUCGUAAAAUACGCACACGAGUUCACUAAUAUAGACUGUGACCUUUGCUAUAACAAUAUGUCUGGUGUACAUAUGUCUGAACUUCUCUGGAUGUACGGGUCACUGGACCCCCGAGUACGGCCGCUGACUUUCUUAGUUCGUCGCUGGGCAGCUGCUGUGGGUCUUACUAACCAGCACCCUGGUCGAUGGAUCACAAAUUUCCCAUUGACUCUGAUGGUCCUGUUCUUCCUUCAGCAGAAAACUAAUGAUGGAUUUAUAUUACCAUCAUUUAAAAAUCUGGUUAACAGAGCUGGAAAAGAAGACAUAAGAAUUGCAGAAGAAAAUGUUAACUGCACAUUCCUCCGUGAUAUGAAUAAAUUACCACUAGAAUGUUACAGCCAGAACCAAUCCAAUCUCGAAACACUGUUAUUGCAGUUUUUCGAAUACUACGCUCAAUUUGACUUCCAGGAAAAAGCUAUAUCUAUAAUCGAAGGGCACCCUGUACGGAAACCUAAUGCAUUACCUUUAUAUAUUGUUAAUCCUUUAGAACCCGCAUUGAAUGUUAGUAGGAAUGUCAGUUUUGAAGAAUGUGAACGGUUCAAAUUGGAAGUAAGAAAUGCUGCAUGGCAGUUGGAAGCUGGUUUAGAAGGUGAAAAGUCAGAUGACUGGGGCGUGUUAGGGCUCAUAGAGAAAAGAGCUUCCAGAAAUUUAAAGAAAUUAUUGCGAGUAGGCAAUUCACAUAGACUUGUAUCAGUGAAAGACUUGUUCAAUGAUAAUGAAGAGAACAUUUCUGAAGAGGGUCUGAGGAGUAAAUUACAAAGACUGACACAGACAAGACAUGAGAAUGUUGAGAAAAGUGUAAAAGAGAUGAAACAGAUGAUAGCUACACAGAAUGCUACAGAGAAAAAAGACCAAAAAAUAAAGUUCAAAAAUAGUCAAGUUGCAAAUGAAGUGUUUAGGAUACGAAGAAAUAAAAUGGUAUGAAUGUCUGAGAAUUAAUUAGUUUUGAAUUUGUAUGCGUUCAGAAUUUAGGGGUAUGAAAUCUUAUAAGGAGUGAAAAUAAAAUUAAGUAUUGGAAUGCAAUGUAAAUGAAUGUUACUCGGUAUAGCAAGCGUUCAGCAAAACUCAUUAAUUCCCUAAUAUAUAAUUUACAAUAUUGUUUGAUUUUGGUUUCGUGUAGGUACAUAUACAUUGUUUUUAAACACAUGAUUGUAUUAAUUACCUUGUUACAUACAGAUAUUGUGUAAGAUGUUAUAUAUUUUUGUAAAUUUUAAUAAAUUAGUUUAAUUUUUAAUACAGUUAUUAAUCUGUUUUAUCACGAAUUUGUACAAAUUUAUAUGACAUACUUUACAAUACAGUUAUUGUACAUUAUGACAGUGUAUAGAUUCAUGUUCAGUGAUAAAAUAUUUAUGUAUUCUUAGUUGUGAGUUUAUGAACAUAAUAAGUACUUGUAAAUAAAUGUUAAAAAU